AUGCAAAUUUUUUACCAUCUCAUCGGAAUGGUCAAAAUUAUGAGAAGAACCCGCAUCUCUGUCGAAUAUUAUUUGUUGAGUAUAUUGAUUAUUCUAUUCAUUGUUGUACCAUCAAAAUGGAAAGUGUAUGGAGUGAGGAAAAAUCAGUUGAAUGCAUUUGAAUUAAUUUCUGAAAAGCAACCAAGGCUAAUUCUCAAGGGUCCAAACAUUUACAUUAACAAUUUUUCUCUGCAUAGUAAGCGAAAAAUUAAAGAAAGAAAAAAUGGAAAAGGUGCAAAAAGUGUGGGAACGAGAAAAAAGAGGAAACAACGAAGAAAACCAAAUGAAGUGUAUUCUCAAAAUUUUCAUUUUCUUAAUUCUAACAUAAGGUGGAAUUCUAGAGGAAAGGUCCAAAACAAUGGAAUGGGGAAGAAGUAUGUCACGGAAUGUAGUUUCAAGAAAAAUCGACUAUGUCAAACAGAGUUAUGGCAUGAAAAAAAGGACUAUAGCGGGACCACAGGGCGGAGAGAAUCUUCUCUGUGUGGAUCUUCAACCGGGUGUGGAUCUCCAACAGGGUGUGGAUCUUCAACCGGAUGUGGAUCUUCAACCGGAUGUGGAUCUCCAACCGGAUACACUACUACUCCCACUGAAAAUUUUCAAGAGAUGCAGAGAACAGGGGAGGAAUCUUUACCUGAAGGUAUAGAGAAAAUCUUAUAUCUUGUUAGCCCUAGAGGAUUUUGUAAGGGUGUGAGCAGAGCCAUCGAAACGGUGGAAGAAUGUUUGAGUAUGUUUAAACCACCAAUAUAUGUAAAGCACAAAAUUGUUCAUAAUGACAUUGUGUGUAAAGAAUUGGAGAAUAAAGGUGCGAUUUUUAUCGAAGAUUUGGAUCAAGUACCAGAUGGGAGUAUAUUAAUUUAUUCAGCCCAUGGUAUAAGUCCACAAAUUCGAGAAAUUGCAAAAAAGAAAAACUUAAUUGAAAUUGAUGCAACAUGUCCCCUAGUCAGUAAAGUGCACGUAUAUGUUAAUAUGAAAGCAAAAGAAGGUUAUAAAAUUAUAUUAAUUGGUUAUAAGGAUCAUGUAGAAGUAGUUGGUACAUUUAAUGAAGCACCUAACUGUACAUACAUAGUUGAAAAUAUAAAUGAUGUUCAUAAAUUAUCAUUUUCUGAAAAUGAUAAAUUAUUUUAUGUAACUCAAACAACAUUAAGUAUGGAUGAUUGUUCAUUAAUCGUGAAGGAAUUAAAAAAUAAAUAUCCACAUAUUCAAACCAUACCUAGUGGUUCUAUAUGCUAUGCAACAACUAAUAGACAAAAAGCACUCAAUCAAAUUUGUGAAAAAUGUGAUUUGACAAUUGUUAUUGGUAGCCAGUCAUCAUCAAAUGCCAAAAAAUUAGUCUAUUCUUCUCAGAUAAGGAACACUCCAGCUAUAUUGGUUAACACUAUAAAUGAUUUUGAUUUCUCCAUCCUACACAAUGUUAAAAAAAUAGUUUUAACUUCCGCUGCAUCUACCCCUGAACAAUUGACACAGAAGUUUGUCCAUGUACUCACGAACUAUCCAUUCUUUUAUAAAUUACACAUUUGGGAUUCUAUUCAGGAAAUUGUACCCAAGUGGAAAUUACCAAAAAAUUUGUUAUCACUCAUUGAAGAUAGGAAACGUCAGACCCAAGAAGGAGGAAGAUCGCUAGAAGAAUAG